AUGACUACAAAUUCACACACGGCAUCAUCUUCAAAACAACAAAACAUAACACAAUCAACAGAAAUAGAUCCAUUAUUACCUUCAAAUAAUAAACAAGACAUAGACCACUCAUCAGAUCCCAGAAUAUAUCCACCAAAUUCUCCAAUUUUAGCAAAAGAUCAAGCUAUAGCAAAUUUAGAAACUGCGGCAAAUGAUGUUUAUGAAGCAAUAAUAGAAAAUGAUGAAGAAUAUGAUGAAGAUCAACAUAAUGAAGAUGUUAUAUGGUUAAGAGAACAACGAUUAUUAAACAAGAGUAUUCAUUGGUUGAAAAGACCAAGUGUGCUUAUGGUUUCAUCAAUAACUUUUUUAUUAGCUUUCGCUUCUUCAAGUGCUGAAUCAACAAGACAAAUUAUAACUUUAAAAUUAGCUUGUAAUGCAUUGGGUACCAAUAAAUGUACCAAGGAUUCUGCUCAAGUUUUAAUGUCUGAUUUACAAUUGGGGUAUACAAUAACUGGUGCAAUUAUAAUGUUGAUAUCUUCAGGUAAAGUAGCACCAUUAAGUGAUUUAUAUGGUCGAAGAAUAUUUAUAAUUGCAACUUUAAGUUGUUUCUUUUUGGGGAAAUGUGGUAAAUUUUUAUUGAUGUAUAAUUUUGAUACUUUACAAUUUUAUCCAAUGAUUGGUACCGAAGUAUUAACUAAUUUAUGUGGUGGGUUAAUGGCCAUAAUAGCAUUAAGUAAUUGUUAUAUAUCUGAUUGUGUUGAACCACAUCAAAGAAUAUAUUCUUUAGGGAUAAGUAUAGCUGCAAUGUUUGUUGGGUUAAGUAUUGGUCCUUUGGUGGGCAAUCUUGUUAUUUCUUUAACUACAAAAUAUGCUUCAAAUAUUGAUAUUCCAAGUACUGAAUUUAUACCUUUAAAAAUUGAACUUGUUAUAAUUUUUGUUGAUGUUUUAUUAGCAUUAUUUAUAUUACCUGAAUCUAGAUCUGAAAAGGCAAGAAAAAAAUCAAGAUCUUUAUCUAGAUCAUCAAGCCAAAUUAAUUUACAAAUUCAGCAACAACAAGAAGAAAAACCACUGAAGAUUUCCACAUUUAUAAAUCAAAUCAAUUUUUUAAAACCAGUAAAAUUAUUAUAUUUACCAAGAGAUUUAGUAAAUGAACAAAAUAGACAUCGUAUAAAUAGAGAUAGAUUUGCUAUAUUUGUUUUAGUUUUCAUUGAUUGUACAUUAACUACAUUAGCUAUGUCAUUUGGAGAGAUUUAUAUGUUAUAUGGAAUAUAUAAUUAUAAUUGGAAUCAAAGUAACAUUGGACAAUUAUUAGCUAUUGCUUGUGCAAGUAAAGCCAUAGUAUUAAUUAUAUUAUCACCAAUGAUAAAUCACAAGAUAUUCCAACAUGGAUUUGGAUUUAAAGUAUUUAAGAAACAAAUAGAUAUGGUUGAUUUUUCAAUGUGUUUAUUAGGUUUAUGUUGUGAAGUUAUAGGAUUCUUUGGGUAUAGUAUUGCACCAACAACUUUUAUUUUCUUUGUUUUCACUAUAUUUUGUGGAUUUGGUACAUUAAUUAGUCCAGCAGUGAAUUCAUCAAUAGUAAAAUUUUAUCCAGAAUCAAAAAUUGGUGAAUUAUUUGGUGCUUUGUCGUUGGUUAAAAACUUAUUUGCCUUAGUAUCUCCCAUAUUUUAUUUAUCAAUUUAUAAAUACUCAGUAAGUACUUUGCAUAAACCUGGUUUAGUGUUUGUUGUUGCUGGUACUGUAUUGUUCAUUUGUACUUUGAUGUUAAUUACAGUGAAACAUGUUUUAAAAUUGGAUAAAAACACUCAGGCUUUUGUACCAUUAUCAAGAAGUAAUUCAUUUGUUGGGAUAGAUCAACAAUCAAUGUCUUCACCAAAACCUGAUCAACAUAGAGGUAGUUUUAGUGAUUUACACAAGAAAAGUAGUUUUCUUCAAAAAGAAAGAACUGGGUCAGUAAGUGGAUGA